AUGGGGGAAGCUCCGCCUCCGUGCGUCAUCAUCGUGCCGCGCCGCGCCGCCGCGCACUCCUUCCGCCUGCCCGGCCACGGCCGCCGGAAGAAGGUGCACGUCGUCCGGCUCGGCGGCGGCGGCCCUGGCUCGCGCGUGCGCCGCCACGGCCGCGGGCUCCGGCUCCGUCGGUGGCUGCGGCGCGCGGCGUGGCGCCUCGCCGCGCUCUGCGUGGCGGCGCUGUCGGGCCAGGGACACCCGGGGGCGCCGCCCAGCGCGGCGCAUCACCCGCCGUGGACCGGCGUGGAGCCCUACUUCGCCGCGCCCUUCGUCCCCGUCGCGCGGAUGAAGCGCGCGGGAGCGCAGGCCUAG